AUGGCGCUUUUACAGACUGGUGAAGAAGGGGCAUCUUUGUUUAGUUCGGAGCUUACAAGACACGCCAAUGUAUCUAAUGCUUUUAGUGGGAAAGACAAACGUUUACAAGCAAUGGCUUCAUAUAACCCUAAAUUGUUAGAAAAGAAAUACAAUAACUGGGUUAAAGCUCAGCUAGCUGUGUUGUUAACUAAAGAAGGAGUUGAACAUUUUAAUGCACAUAGGUACUACGGUCCAUCGUACAAAAACAGUGAUGCAACCCAGUGGUGCAGUAAUUUCUGGGAAAUUGCGAAAUGCUUCAUGCCCCCAGAUGGGUAUAAAGAAAAGGCAUCUGCAACAGAAACAGACUUUAAUGGUAUAAUCAGCGUUAUCCUUAAUCACAAAGACUUCCAGGGAAAAGUACUUGAAAACCUCAAUACUAAGACAAAUAAAUUUGCAGAGUUAGAAAAUGACACUCUUGUCAUUGGUAAAGAUGAUAUAAGGAAAGUACUAGAUGAUGUGGCAACAGCAAUUCAAGACAAAAUGAAGGCUGGAUUAGAUGAGCAAUAUGACAAAAUUAAACUAGAUAUGAUUAGAAGAAAACAAGAAGAUCUUAAAUCUCUUGAGUCAAAAACUUUCGAGGGAAUGACCCAAAUACAAGAUGAAACUGAUGCUUCCAUGAAAAGAUUAAAUAAAGAAAGGGACAAAGAAGUUGAUACAAUCCAUGAACAAGGAGAUAAAGAACGAGCAGGUCUGACUGAAAUAGGAAAUAUGCUACAAAAAGAACUGAAAACAACAAGUAAAGCUGAGAAAGAAGAAAAGUAUCUAUCUCUUGGGUCUAAAACUGCCGAGGGAAUGACAAAAAUACAAGAUGAAACUGAUGCUUCUGUGAAAAGAUUGAAUGAUGAAAGGGUCAAAGAAGUUAAUACAAUUCAUAAACAUGGAGAUAAAAAGAGAAAAGAGCUGACAGAACUAGGAGAGACGUUACAAAAGAAACUGGAAACAGCAAGUAAAGCCGAGAAAGAAGAACAAUAUUUUGAUUCCAAACAAAAACUUCAAGGCGACCUGAUUAAAUUCUACAGAAAAAGGUGUAGUUCAAUACCUCUGUCACCGCUUCUUGAAGAAAUAGAGACACCUCUAGCUGGGUUCUAUGUGAUGCCAGAAAUAGUCGCCGUAAAACAGAAGUCCCUAACUUGUCAUGAAGAGGAGAAAACACCGAUCAAAUCUAUGAAAGACCUGUUUUCAACCGGAAGUGGAGAUCAGCAAGAAAUUUAUCUAUCAGCCGAUGCAGGCUUUGGAAAAACUGCUUUCUCAAAAUAUCUUGCAAUCAUGUGGUGUCAGGCUCAUUGUCAUGAUGAAAACUACGCCUGUUUUAAAAAGGAAGAGUUAAAAACGUUAUUUGACUUUGAUUUUUUAUUUUUGGUUUCAUUAAGAGACUGUACCUCUGUUUGUAACAUUGACGAUAUGAUUGAACAGCUAAUUACUAAGAAACUUCCUUCAUCAACAUCACUAGAUGAAGUUUUACGUAGAGAAAAAUGCUUGAUUAUAUUGGACGGUCUUGAUGAAUGGACUCACCCUGCAAAUAGUUGUGGCGAAGUAUCAGAAAAAAUCCCACAUCGGUACGUACGUGAUAAUUGUGUUAUCCUAACGACAACCCGACCGUGGAAGCUUGGAGUUUCAAAUCUCAAAACAAGUCAAAUAAACAAAAAAGUAGAAUUGGUUCAAUUAAGUGCAGAUUCUACGCGGCAACUAGAAGAAAAUGCUAUAAGGAAGAUGACCGGUGUCAAAAACGAUAGAGUAUUGAAGAAUAAAAGACGGGACUUUAAUAAAGUGAUACGUGACCGUCGCCUAAAGCACAUGCAAGUGAUUCCACUCCUCCUCAUGUAUAUAGUUUGCCUAUGGUGUAACAACAUUCCUAUAGGAAAUUCAAAACAUGAAAUUUACACCAAUAUCAUUGAAUUUCUUUUAUCGAGAACGUCAAAGAAACACCCGGAAGUUCAACCAUCUCGUGAAUCGUCUGCCAGUGAAAUUCCAGAAUACUUCAAAAGUCAUGAAUUCUGUAAACAUUUUUACAGUCUUAUAACAUCAUUAGCAGAACUAGCUUACCAAACAUUAUUUCACGAAAAUAGAGAAAACACGCUUGUAUUUGAUAGAACGGUUGCUGAAAAAUAUCUCAAAGCAGACGACAUGAAAUUAAGUCUUCUCUCAGGAAUACUGUCAGAAAGUAGAAGUAAAACUUUAAUCAAAGAAAUUAUCAAAGUAUCGUUUUCUCACAAAACAGUGCAAGAAUACUUUGCCGCCAUAUUUAUAAGUUCUCAAAGUGACGCUCAGAAAACUGUUGUAGAAAAAUGUAGAAAUGUUCAAGACAUUCUGGACAUGUCAAAAAUUUGUGAAUUUAUAAGUAAAAUGAAUGCUGACCUGAUGUGUGCAAUAUCAAAUGAUUUGAUGUCUGUGAUAAAUGAAGACGAGAAAACACGCGACUAUAGAACUAGGACAGUUACGAGUACUUGUUCAAUAAUCCAUUGUAUAACAUACAGGAAAUGUUCAUGUCGUGUUUACAAGAAAUGCCUGAAAGUGAAAAUAUUCAAUUAUGUUUACAAGAUUUCUUCAUUUACGGGGACACCAAUGUGCACAGUAAGCAGUUACAACGUUUAUUAAAACAAAAUAAAACCAACAUAAAAUCACUUUAUAUAGACAUUAGCAAUACUUCCAGCAGUUUACGUGAAAUUAUAGAUUUAUUCUCUCUCACAGAUCUCAGUCAUAUACAGAAACUUUACUAUUUUGGUGACUUGGAGAAGGAGGCUGAGAUAAG